GCAGUCAAGUAAUCAAGACUGUCUGCAAAUCUACCCCCAUCAAAACAUGGCCAUUAUAAACCAAGUUGGGUUUCUUGCUAAGCUGUUCAUCCAAGUUUGUUUGACUUUCUGAGGUGCUACCUUCAGUUAGGAGUUCUCAUGGCGGCUGAGAUGAUUCUUGUUACUGGUGCAACUGAAAUCUUGAAGAAGUUGGGUUAUGUUAUUGCCCAAGAGAUUGGUUUGGCUUGGGGUGUCGAGGAUGACCUUAAAAAGCUUCAAAGCACCUUGCAGAUGAUUGCAGCGGUAACAGAUGACGCUGAGAAGAAGCAAUUAAGCGAUAGCUCAGUGAGACUUUGGCUGGAACGGCUUAAGGAUGCAGCUUAUGACGCUGAUGAUGUGUUGGAUGAGUUCUCAUAUGAAGUUAUGCGGCGGCGGGAAAUGGGCAGAUUGAAAUUCAAGGUAUGCCAUCUUGUUUCAUCUUCUAACCCACUUGCAUUUCGGUUAAAGAUGGCUCGUAAAGUCAAACAUAUCAAUAAAAUUUUUGAUGAAAUUUGUAAAGAAAAGGAUAGAUUUCAGCUGCAGAUGGUUAGUAGUAGUACUUCUGUUCGCAGUAGUGGGCAUAAAAACCGAGAAACUGUAGCUUUUGGGGAGGAUUCAGAAAUUGUUGGACGGGAAAAUGACAAGUCAAAGAUAGUGGAGUUGCUGAUCAGCUCAAUGGCACUAGGCGAUAAGAAUGAAAAUGAAAAAAUUUCUGUGGUACCUAUAGUGGGUAUGGGGGGCAUUGGAAAGACUUCACUGGCUCAGUUGGUUUACAAAGAUGCUUCAAUAGUGAAACACUUCGAAACAAGAAUCUGGGUCUGCGUGUCGAAUCAUUUUGAUUUCAAUGAGAUAUUAGGAGGCAUAAUGGAAUCAAUUACUAGAACCAAGUGUGAUUCAUCCAUUACUUUGGAUACGCUGGUAAACCUUGUUCAAGAAAGACUGACUGGAAGAAAAUAUUUGCUAGUACUAGAUGAUUUAUGGAAUGAGAAUGUGGAUGAAUGGUUUACACUGAAGAGAUGGUUGGCGGUUGGUGCUAUGGGAAGUAAAGUUUUAGUCACUACUCGUAUAAACCAAGUUGCAUCGAUUGUUCAAGGGACGAUUCCUCCAUACAUAUUACAGCAGAUAUCCACCGAAGAAUGCUGGUCUAUUAUUAAAGAAGAAGCAUUUGCCCCUGGUGGGGCUUUAGAGACUCCUGGAAUGACAGAAAUAGGAAAAGAGAUAGCUAGAAAGUGUUGCGGUUUGUCACGUGCGGCAAGAUCUAUUGGGACUCUGAUGCACUCAAAAAAAGAUGAAAAAGAUUGGUUAUCUAUCAGUAAAAAUGAGGUUUGGGAUAUUCCAGAAAGUAGAAACAAAAUCUUGCAGAUACUUAAAUUGAGUUAUGAUCAUUUACCUGUUCAUCUGAAGCAGUGUUUCUCUUACUGCUCAAUAUUUCCGAAGGACUGGAAGAUUGAAAAAGAAGCUUUGAUUAGAUUAUGGAUGGCCGAGGGGUUUCUGCAAUCACCUUAUGAACUAACAGAUAAAUCAAUCGAAGAUAUUGGAAAUGAAUAUUUCAACAUUCUGUUGUCAAAUUCCUUUUUCCAAGACAUAGAGACGGAUGGUUUUAAUGAAGUUCAAACAUGCAAAAUGCACGGUCUUAUACAUGAUCUUGCGCAAAUUGUUGCUGGGAAAUAUGAAUGCUCAACAGUGAAGGCCAAUGAGACUAUAGAUGUUCUGAAAGUUUGCAGGUUAUCGUAUGCUUCUGAUGAAAGUACAUUAAAAAUAUUUUCAAAGACUUUGAGCGAAGGAAAGAAAUUGCGAACAGUUGUUACAAUGUAUGCGCCAGGUAAAGAUUUCAAUAUUGGUGGUUUCUUUACGGCUAGUAAGAACUUGCGUGUAUUAGACAUGAGUGCUUUCAGAAACAUGAAGUUACCAGCUUCUUCGAUAAGCAAGUUGAGACAUAUAAGAUACCUAAACCUCUCACAUUGCGAACUAGGUAAUGUCAUAAAUGAUCUCAGUAGUCUUUACAAUUUACAGACACUAGUAUUAUGUGGUAGUAAGUUUCUAGAGCUUCCUAGAAAUAUUGGAUCUUUGAAAAAUAUGAGGCAUCUUAAUAUAUCUUAUACGAUGAUAACAGCAUUACCUGAUUCUAUCAUUAGCCUCUGUAACUUGCAGACUCUGGACCUCUCUCAGUGCACUGAAUUUCAAGCGUUCCCUAGAGGUAUUGAAGCGUGGGAAUAUAUUAGGUGCAUUGACGUCUCAGGUACGAAGGUCAAAGAGUUACCUGACGGUAUUGCAAGUUACAAAUAUUUAUCAACGCUGAAGUUCAAUUUCUGCAAGAACUUAGAAGCAUUACCUAGAGAUAUUGGGAAACUGAAACUUCUCAGGUGCCUCGACAUUGAAGGCACGAGUAUCAAGGUAAUGCCCGAGUCUUGCCUUAACAGUUUUAGGCCGCACUUUGGGAGUUCCCAUUUCUUAAGGAAGGCUAUUAUUGGGACGUCACGCUUCAUUAGAGGGGCGUCACCUAAUAGGACAAAAACGGGUCACCCAUAAGUAAUAUCAAAAAUCCCUUAUCUCAAAUAAUGUUGU